AUAAAGGUUUGUCUACGGUCGUACGGUGAUGAGAAGACCGAAAUAUUACCUCCCGCAUCUCUCUGAUGUGUUUACAUAAUUCUUGUUUGUAAUCGAAUCAUUGUUUGUUAACUGAUUGGCAAGAUGUGUUAUUCUGUGGAUGUUAAAUAAUAAAACAUCUUGAUCCUUGUAGGAUUUAACAGCAAAUGUCAAAUCACAUUUCUGUGCAUUUAUAUUGAACACGUUCCUUUAAAAAUUAUUAUACAUGGUUCUAUACCCAAAAUUUAUUAAAGUUUUUUGUAAAAUUAAUACUAGAAUCUGCCAAGUGUAAUGUCGAAUAUGUGAACUAAAUUAUAGUGAGAGCCACGAAAAACCUUCAAGUCUUUAUAUGAGUUGAUAAUUUUUGGAUAAUACAUGAAAAUGAGUUGGGGAAUCGAAUUAUGGGAUCAGUAUGAUCACUUGGCAACACAUACAUUGAAAGGUAUUGAGUUCCUGGAAAAAUAUAGCCAAUUUAUCAAAGAUAGAUGUGCCAUCGAAAAUGAAUAUGCAAGUAAACUCAGGAAGCUCACAAAAAACUACCACAUUAAGAAAAAAUCAGAUGAGGAUUUACAGUUUUCCACUUGUAAAUCUUUCAUUUCAAUGCUGAAUGAAAUAAAUGACAUGGCUGGGCAACAUGAAUUAAUUUCCGAGAAUCUCAACCUCAACAUUGUGAAAGAAAUUAAUUCAUUUGUGAAAGAGCUUAGAGAUGAAAGAAAAACACAUCUACAAGAAGGAGCAAAAUUGCAAGCAAAUAUUCAUGCUUCUUUAAAUCAAUUAGAAAAGUCUAAAGGGUGUUAUGAAAAAGCUUUCAAAGAGUCAGAAAAAGCAAGUGAAAAUUAUAAGAAAGCCCUUGAUGAUCUUCACUUGUCUAGGAUGGAAUUAGGAAAGGCAAGAGUAAACAGUGUCACAAAAUUAGAGCAAUCUGAAGACUGUAAAACAGAUUAUAAAAACCAGCUACAAAAGACAAAUGAAGCUCAGAAGCGACAUUAUUUUGAAUUAAUGCCUAAAGUUUUUCAAGACCUUCAAAAUAUGGAUGAGAAAAGAAUUUUAUCUAUUCAGACUUUUAUGAAACAAAUGACAGAUGUUCAAAGACAAGCACUACCUGUUAUUAAUAAAUGUCUAGAUGAAAUAAACAGAGCUGCUGAUUCUAUAGAUCCAAAAGCAGAUUCUAAUAUAGUCAUAGGAAAAUUAAAAUCAGGCUAUCAGCCUCCUGGUGAUAUAGCAUUUGAAGAAUUAUUACCUGCUAACGUAAAUGAAAAUGCCAGUUCUCCUCCUUUAUUACAAGGAAAGAGUGACACAUUAAAAGGUACAAUUUCUACUCAAAAAAUGAAGAAAAGAGGUGGAUUAUUUUCCAUUUUUAGUGCCAAUAAGAACAAUAAUGACGAAUUUAAGGAUGACUACAGUGAUUUGCCUCCCAAUCAGCGUAAAAAGAAAUUAAAUCAAAAAAUAGAUUCUAUAUCUAAUAACAUUUCCCAGGAAACAGCCACAAGGGAUGGGCUUCUUAAGAUGAAAGCAGCAUAUGAACAGAAUCCAGCUCUAGGCGAUCCUGUAAGCAUUGACCAACAACUACCAGAGAUCAAUUCUAGGAUAGAAAAACUUCAAAUGCAGUUGCAUAAAUAUCAGGGUUAUUUAGCAGAAGUUGAAGGCAAAAGUUUAGCUCCUGAUAUGCAGAUAAAGAAUGUGAAUAAUGUGUCAGAUGAUAAUAUAUCAAGGAGUACAUCAAAUUCAAGUGUUAAUCAUACAAAAGCAGUAGCUCCAGCUGUUCCAUUACCCAGAGAGUCUAAUUUAGGUACAAAUGGCAAUGCAGGUAUUGAAUCUGGGGAAGCAGUGUAUGAUAAUGGUACUGUAACAGAAUAUGAGGCAGAGCCAUUACCAGCUUUAGGCACUGCUCGAGCUUUAUAUCCAUUUGAUGCUCAGAGUGAAGGCUCCAUCCCUAUGGAAGAGAAAGAAGAAUUUGAAGUUGUUGAACUUGACCAAGGUGAUGGCUGGACUCGUGUAAGGAGAUCAAAUAUGGAGGAGGGAUUUGUUCCGACAUCAUAUAUUGAAUGCUUCUUAUACAAUAGCUGUUAGCAGUAUAUUUGGUGCUUUAAAUACAACUGUAUUCACAAGAUAGCAGCUGGCAGGUUGUAUAACUAUGCAUUCAAGCUUAUUGAAGCGGUAUGAAAGUGUUAAAUUUUUGUUCAUUCCAAGGACACGGGCAUUCUUCUUUUUUCUAAAAAAAUUAAGAGUGCCUUUUAAUUAUUGCAUGGAAGUGAAGUAUAUGACAUUCAUUCACUUUUACGUGGGUGCUUUCGUGUAAAGCUUUAUUAAAUCUCUGUGUACCCAUUAUUUCAAAUAGUUUACUAAGGAGGAUAUUUUCAUUUUACUCUGUAAUGCUAUCUUUUGUUAAAUUAUGAGAUCAUAUCAAUUUUUAUUUAACAAAGGGCAAUGUAUGUACGUUUUUUUAUCACUGAAAGAUCUUGUGCAAUUUAAAGUACAUUUUCCUGUGAAUUUUACUUUUGUUAUUGUAUAUUUUAUGUGUAAUUGUUUUUUAAUACUUCGAAUCAGAAUUUGCCUUUCAUUAUAAUCUUUUAAAUUAUUUACAGGAACCUGAUUUUAUAAAUUUCUAUUCAUUUUUUAACUUUUAAAAAUGUAAUUUUUAAGCAGUUUUUUAAGUUUUUAAAUAUUUUUCAUUCAUUUAAUUCAUUAAUAUGUCAGAGACAGGUACUUGAAUAACUGAUGCAUUUAUUUACUUAUUUUAUCUGGAACUUUUUUGGAAUUUUUAACUUAUACAAUUCACUAUAUUUAUUCAACAACAUACGUACCAUACUACUUCUGUUCCAUUGUGUAUUUUAUACAGCAAAAGUGUGUAAACUUUAUAUCAAAUGUUAUGUUAUAAUUGUAUGUUAUUAAUUGUCAUUAAAAAUAAUUAUGAUUAUAAAUCAUAGUUUAAAGCCUAAAAAUGUGAAUACUAUUUAUUGCUGGAUAAGUAAGUUAUGUCUAUUAAAAUUUUCCGAUUGUUUUUGUUGUGAAAUAAUUAUAUUGCAACUGCAUUUUAGGAAAUUAUGAACUAAGUAAUUUUUGAUUGUCUGUUAGAGUAGAGCAAAAUUUUUAUAGAAUCUUAUCUAAAGCCUUUUUCCAUUAGCAUUAAAUUAACUGUUAUUAUUACUGCUUAUUUAUCACCAUUUGUAUAGGUAAGGGUUGCCAAAGUUUUUAAAGUUGGAACUGAUAUCAGCAGUAAUAUUCAGUUAAAUGGGAAAACUUAAAAAUCUAUAUACAAUUCCUGAAAUUUUGAAAAAUACAGAAGAGGCAAUUUAAAAUUACUAAAAGCUAAUUUUGUCCAAUUAUUAUCAUCAUGUAAUUUCCCCCCUCCUGAUGAGAAAAAGAAAUCAGAGCAAAUAAUUUGAUAUAUCCAUGAUAAAUUGCACUUGAAAUUUUGUGUCUUGUGAUUAUCUUAACACAUUUAGCCAUUUUAACUAAAUUUUAACAAAGUAGUAUAAUGUAUAAGGAAAGGAAAGAAUUCUGAUGUAUGCAGUCUGAAAUAUAGAUAGUAAAUGAUUUAUUUGCUGUAAAUUUUCUGUGUUUAGUCUGUAAUGAAUGCCAUUUAUUUCCAUGAAAUAUACCAAAGAAUUUAUGUAUAUGCAAAACCUAUACUAGUGAUAAUUUGCUUUUAACUGAAGAUAGUAGGAUUGAGCUGUAUUUGCAUUUGCUCGAAAUCCUAACUAAUAUAAUCUGCUGAAUGCUAUGAAAUAAUUAUCAUAAUUUAAUUAUUCUAAUUAUCAGAAAUUUUUAAAUAACAAGAAGCUUUCAUUAUUGUAAAUUUACUAAGUGGCAUAUGAAUUUAAUAAAUUGAAAUGCUCUUCCUUUUUUGUAAUACAAAUAAUCUGAGUACACUGUGAAGUAAUUAUCAUCAUUAAAUUUCCCUAUUAUUGUCAUUUUCAUCAAAUUCCUGCUGCCCUUGAAAAAUUUAGGAUUGAAGAAUGGGUAUACUGUUUGCCGAUCAUAAACUUUGGAACCAAAACUUUUAUUGAACGACAUUUGGGUAUGAAUCAAGACUCUUUAAGGGGUGUUAACUGUGGUUCAUUUACUCCCUUUCAUCUGCUUUGAUUGGUAGACAGCACAAAUGUAUUUUGGAAUGUAGAUCUGAGCUCAUUGCCAUGUUAAGCUGCCUCGACUAACUACCGUAAGACUUGGUGAUGGCAAUUUGUAUAAGUGAGGAUAAUUAUUAACUCUUCAAUUUUUGAAGUUAUAUUUUUCCAUUCUCUUAGGUAUAAAAAAACUAUGCACUGAGUAUUUAAGAAAACUGCAGUGACCGAAGUCAGUGCUACUGUAUAAUAUUAUUGUAAGCAGAUUCACUCAUACUUAGCAUUGCAUGGUAGAAGUGUUGUAUCAUCAGCAUAAUUGGUAUUUGAUGAUAUAUGAAAGCCAUAUUAGUAGAGCAUUGUUAGCGGCCUUAAUGUGAGCAGAAAUUUUAUUUCCUAUACGGGUUGCCUUUAAUCCUUUCACCAAAAGUUUACUCUAUGUUAAUUUUCAAGUGUAAAAAAAAAAAAAAGUAUUUUAUAUGAAGUUAUCUGGAUUUUCUUCCCCUCAAAAUGUUUGUAUCGUAUGCAUAUGUUAUGAAAUGUAUUUUAAACAUGUUUUAAUUAUAUGGACUGCAUACUAAUUGUGUAAGAUAUUUGUCCUCUUAAAUAGUUGAAACACAUUUCAGAAAAGUAUCUUUUUCAUUAUGCCGAGGUAAAACAUUUUUAAAUUCAAUAACAAAUUUUCAUUUAAACCAGAUUUAAAAAUAAAAUAUUUGAUUGGGAAUUUGAAACUCCAUAUUAGGCAGUUAAUAAAUAUCAGGUGCUAACAUAAUUUUGCUGUGCAUUUAAAUUUGAAACUACUGCAGGUAAUACUUUAUGAACUUACUUUGGUAUUCAUUUCAAUGUAUGAUACUGAAAUUGUUGCAAGGAAAAAAAUUGUGAUAAAUCUUUGCCAAAUUAUAUAAUAUAAAUGAGAACAUUUUGCCAAAAUAAAUAAAUAAAUGUGUAAAUAAAAUAAAUUUCUUUUUAGUACAUUUAUUAUUUUAAAAAAUUCCAAUAAUAAAAUUGAAUUAAAUUAAUUAUUAAAAUCUCAUUUAGGAAGUAAAUUGGAUUUUAUCACUUAAUUUGUCAUUCUAAAAGAAAAGGAAAACCCAUUUUUAUGGAACGAAAUUUUCCUGUUGUCAUAUCAUUUCCACAAGGAUACUUGUAGUUUUAAACGCAAAGCUCUUGUUUGCUAUUAAUGAGAAGAAAGUUUUAAAUAUAACUGUGUGUUUGGAUGAAAGAUCUCAAUAAAAUAAUGACAACUACACAUUUCUUCUAGUAAUGUGCCAAAAAUAGUUGUAAAACUAUGCCUAACUAUGCUAUUUAAGGCAAAUAUUUUCAGUUAAGCAGUUUACCUAAUUAAUAAUACUAUAGUUGCAUGAUUCUACAAUGUUUUUAUAGGAUGUGUAAAAAAACUAGCAUUAAAAACAGGAUGUUUUCUUUAAAAAAUAGUGCGUAGUUCGUGUAUGAAGAUAAAACAUUAGUAAAGUUACAUUUGUUAUUUCUGUGAUAUACAUGACUUGCUAAAAAUCUUUCAUUUAGAAUUCUGUAAAGUUUUUAUUAUAACUGAAUUUUUAAAACCUCUGAAAAGAUGUUUAAAUGAUAGAUUUCAUAAAAAUGCAAUGUUUCUAAAAUGUAAUCUAAAUACUACGAGGGCACUUAAUUUAAGUGGAAGGAAUAUUUGAGGUUCCAUGUUAUCUUCGAGAUUUUUGUGUAAACAAGCUUUUCUAAAGGAAGCUCUGAAUAAUUAAUUGCAUUUUUGACAGAAAUAUUUGAAUAUGAAUAACACAAUUUAAAUAACAAGACUGUAAAGUAUAAUUGUUAUUUUUUGGUGCAGUCAUUUGCAUUAUUUCUUCUAACAGAAUACUUAAAUAAAAAUAGGUUUGAAAAAAAUAGAGUUUUAAAAAAUACAUUAGUUUCCAUUGAAUAAUCUUCUCAUUUUACAUGAAAAUAUUGUGUUUCUAACCAUUGUUUUUAAUAAAUUUUGUUAAAUGCCUUUAAUUAUAAAAAUAAGUAUUUUCUUUGAACAAUUAUCUUUCGAACUGUUACUAUUGUUAGCUUUCUUUUAAAAUGUAAAACACAUUUAGUAUUUAUAAAGCCAAUACUGUGUUAUAAAUUUGAGUGGAAAUCUUGUAUAAGAAGUUUUAAUUCUUAGAGAAAUGAUAAACUGUUAUUUCUAGAACAAAGGUUAGUGCUUUUGAAGAGAAAUUUUUUAGGUACUUUCUGAUUAUAUAGAAGCCACCACAUGAGCUGUUGUGAAACUAUAAAUUUGGCAAUAAGUUUAGCCAAUUUCAGUAAUUAACUGUGGUAACCCUUCUAAGAAGAAAGUAUCCUAUUUUUGCAUUUAUAUUUCAAUAUAUAAAAGUGUAAUCUUCCUUCAGUUAAAUUGAACUUUAAUGCAGUGUGAUUGUAGACAAAUGUUACUAAUUCAGUGUUUUUUUUUUUUUUUUUUUACUUGGGUAGAAAUUAACUCUGUCAUGGCUUUUUAAAUUUGCUGGUGAAAACGUAGAUUUAAAAAGCAUUUAUUAGCUAAAUUUGCAUAAUUACUUAUUUUGGUCUCUGUUUUCAAAAACCUCCAUUCAUUAAGAUGAUAUUCACAAUUGUUAAAGAAAGUAAGAAAGCAAAAUAUUUUAAAUUAUAAGCUAAUAUGCACCAAGUAAAAAAAAAAUCUGAUCAUCUGCUAAAGGCAGUCAUGCUGCUUAUGAAUUAAUGGUACUAUGUGUUGCCACUCUGAAUACUUAAUGGCAAAUUGAAUAGUUAGUUAGAUAGAACAUAUAUUUUCUAAGGCAAUGUUUUUCUCUUUAAGGAAUAUACAUAUAUUUUAAUUUUAUGUUAAAAUGUUGUAUUAAUAAAUAAAUAAGAUUGACUAAAUCUUGAUACUGUAGACAUAUAUUACAGUUCUAAAGAAAGGUUAGUGUUUUAAAAUGCUCACUCAAAUAUCAUUUAGUUCUUCAAGAUAUUAGUUCUACAAAGAAUAAAAGAACAAACUUAGUUUAAUUUUCUGUACUUCUUACAAAAGUUUCUUGUGUAAUAGAUUUUUUUUCAUAAUUUAAGUAAUUUUAUAUGAAAGGGAUUAAAAUUUCACUGCAUUAUAAUUACUGUAGCAAUGUAAUAAGUAAAGUUUUGUUUGUGAAAUUUUAUAUGCAAUCUGUUUGUGAUAUAAAAUUCGUGUCAAAUAACUGUGUGUGAUUUUAUAUAAUGCUAGUCUCUUAUUUUUACAUAUUGUAAUGUAAUAUAAAUGGUGCCCCAAAAAGAAGAAGUUCAUUUAUUUAAAGCAUUGGAUUGAUGAGAAUUUGGAAUAGUGUGAUGUCCUUGUAUACAUGUGUGUGUGAUGAGUGGUUGCUACUUUUAUUCUGUAUAUAAAUGUAUACUAUAUUUAUCAUUUAUUUGUUUCUAUAUUGCAUUUAGUGUACUGUAAUUAUUGUGAGGGUGAAAUGCUGAGAAAAAUUAUUAUAAUAAGAUGAAUGAAAAUAAUUUAUUAGAGAUUAUCCGUUAUGCUGAAUUUGGUGAAAUCGUUAUUUAAUAACAUCUAUUUGUACAAAUGUAGUAUUAGUUACUAAUUUAUUUUUUUAUGUUUAAAAAAGUUUUUGUAUCACCUUAGUCCAUUUGUUGUUAGCUUUUCUUGUAAAAUAUUGUACAGUUUAUUGAUGCUUAACACACACUCCUCUUUUUAUUGCUUCUCAUUGUACUGCAUGAUAUAGAUUCAUCUUAAAAUGAAAUAAAAUCCACAGAAAGUAAACAGUCACUUUGAAUGCCUUCUCAUAUAAAUCAUUUUUAUACUUUUACAUUAGAAUAAAGGGUUCUCAAUUCUUGUUAUGAUUAGUGCUGCUUAAAAUAUUACUUGCACAUGCAAUGGAAAGUUUUAAGUCUCCUGGAAGGUAAACAAACAACUCUUACUAAAAAGAGAUAUGUGGGGAAUUGACAGCAUUAUAGAGAUUAAAAUGUUUAUUAGUGCAUGCAGGUUAUUAUUGUACAGCAAAAAUGAAAAAUUAAAUUUACUUUUAGUUGAAUAGUAAUAAAUUAUAGAUUUCUUUGUAUACAAAUAAAAAUUAAAUUAUUGUCUUAAUUUAGUCUGUAAAACUAAAAGUAAGAUUCUCUUUGAAUCAUUUAAAAAAUUAAUUUUAGUUAUUUUAUUUUGGUAGAGAUAAAAAAUAGGUUGUGUAAAAAAUAGUUUAAUUAAUUUUGUUAAGAAAGUUGUGUUUGUUACUUUUUUUCACUAAAAUGAAAGCAUUUUGUCUUUUUGUUUUGUUAACUGCAUAAUCUCUGUUAAAAUACAAAUACAAUAAACAAACAAAAAAAAAAAAAAAAAAAAAAAAAAAAAAAAAAAAAAAAAACAUUGUCAUCAAUUGCAUUAGAGUAAAUAACAGAUAUUUGGUCUUCAGAAAAUGAAUAACCUGGUUGUCUGAGCUUUCAAAAUGUACAGAUAUUUAGUUAAUUCACAUAUCUGGAGUUCUGCCAUACAUUUAGAAAUAAAUUUUAUGUAAAUUAUAGUACUUUUAAUUGUUAUGUAUUGGGUUUUCAUACACUGAAAUUGAUCGUGCAGCACUAUUUAUCACAGAAUUUAACCGAGAACCACUGCAUUAAAAAAAUGCCGUUUCAUACUUCAAGACUUUCUCCCCCCCCCAAAAAAGUCAAAAUUUUAUUAUUCCAGACUAUUUUUGUUUUUAAAUAUGAGAACAAGAUAGUUAAUUUUGGAUCUGUGAGCCACAUUUCAGAUAAAAUAAUUGAUUCAUAUAAAGUGUAUUUAAAUGAGCUGACAGUGCUUAUCGUAUAAUGAAAUAAAUGUGGAACAAAAAAUCAUUCAUCUUUCUGUUGUGUUCUGCUAAAGAUUUUUAUGCAGUUUAAUACAAAACUUGUCAUAAGUCCAUUCUAAGAAUAAAAACAGUAUUCUGCAUACUUAAUAAUAUUAAGCUAGAAAACACUGUGUGAAUAAACAUUUAAAAACAAAUCAUAGCCAAGCUUUUAAGUAUGCUGUAUCAAUUUAUUUUUAAAACCUUUUCAGUAUUUUAAAGCUGUGUACACUUUUUAAAGAAAAAUUCUUUGCAGUUAUAAAUGACCCUUAAAAUGUAAUUAAAUUUUACUUAAUAAAGAUUCUGUCAGUUUAUAUUUUAAUCACAUAACUUUGUAAGCUCUGCCCUUUCUGUAAUAAACUUACUUUUAAUUUUCUACAUAUUUCUUCUAGUUAAUUGAAAAAAAAAAUUCAAGUUGGGAAUUAUGGUUUUAUUCAUUUUCUUACAAUGUUUCGCAUAAAAAUAACAAUAAAAUGUUAUGUUAUGUUUUCACUCAUUCAAUAUGUAAUUAAAUCAUUUAGCAUAAAUAUUUUGCUGUCCUCACAUUUAUAUGUAACUCUGCUUGAAGCAUAAUUUGUAUUAUGAUUUCAUAAUUAUAAAGAGCAUGUCAUGUUUUUACAAUGUUGUUUACAUAAUUUAUUAUUGAUCCUCCUGUAUAUUUAUGUUUUAACCGAUAAUGGUGCCAUUCUUUGUUGAUCUUUGUGGAGAGGAAGAAACUGUAUCAUCAUAUUGAAAGUUUCUGUGACGUUGUAUUCUAUAUGUGAAAUAUUCACACAAAUGAUUUUACCUUAUCAGUAACACCAUCAUGUUUACGUUUCAUUUCAAAAUUUCAAUAAAUUGUCUGCAAACAUGUUA